UUUUUUUUUUUUAAUGGUGUGGUCGGAUGCUACUCACUCUAUGCCUGAACGCCGACACUACAGCUUUCCCCGAAAACGACGUCGGCUCUGCACUGUCCUAUUUGUGGCGAGGAUAAACGUCGAAUUCUCCUACGCCGCUACUUUUGACAUCACGGCCGAAGUGCCACGUUGAAAGUAUAUUCUCCUAUUCCCAGCCCGAUGAUGGAGCGACUUCAGGAACCCCAGGAAAGCAGUGAUUUGAGCACUGGAGGGAUUUGCUUCAGCUGUGAACAGAUCUUUUCCAGCCAGAAAUUUUUGGAGGAACAUGUGUGCCCCUUUACUAGCCACAUCUGCUCGUGCGGAACAGAGUUUGCCGUAUACGAAGACAUGAUCUGCCACAACUUCACACAUGAACCAGGACAACAGGUGCUGCAUCACGAAACAAUAAAGAAGCGGCGAUUUGAAAAGCACAUUGAGGAAGAGGAGAAGCUGAAACGCUUCAAGUCGGGUGAAGUUGUCUGGAAAGCAGUUGGUGCAUCUGUGUCGGGGAAGCCGGCAUUGCAGUCGCCCUCCGCAUCAGUUUGUUCGACAAAGAUUUCAAAACCGAUCUCUCACAUGCCCACCAUGUACCCCUCCGUGUGGUCGUCCAUUCUGCCUCGCAAAGCUGGAGUAGACAUGAAGAGUAGUAUGUUUUCUGGUGCGGGGGUGCCAACAGUGGAUCUUUGGACAAUCUACCAGCCUGUGGUGGUAGUGCAAACGGUCCGCAAGUGGAACCAGUGGAAGCCGUACACUUGUGGUAAAUGUGGCGAGGGUUUUGUCACCAAGCGAAUGCUCAUUUCACACAUUACGACUCACAUUGCAGAUAAAAUCUGUGGCUGCAUUGGAUGUGGCCUGCUGCUUUCCAGCAGGAAGUUAGUGCCUCGCUUCCACGCAUGUAACUCCCCCAGCACCACGGCCAAACUCAAACUCAUUACGGCUAGGCCACUGAAUUACAAGAAGCCUGUCCCGGAAAUAGACUUGACUCAGAGCCCGCGCAAGUAUUCCAAUGCGGGUAACAAAAACAGUCAGAUGCUUCAAGUCACCUCUGCCCUGCAGUUGAAAAAUCUAAAUGUCCGAACCUCCGGCAGAGUCCCUCAGGGAGCUCGCGCCACGCCUUCCCAGCAGGUCAAACGUCAAAAUUCCAUGUUAAACACGGCCCAGAAAAGCACCUGGAAGCAUUCGCCCUCGCCCACGACGACGAGCGUAAACCUUAGCCAGUCCGUGGAGACGUCCUCGGGGGUAGCCGACUUCACGUGCCGAGUGUGCCACGUCCCCUUUGAGAGCAUUCAGCAGCUGCAGAGGCACAAGUGUCCCAAAGCUGACGAGUUCAUGGCCAAGCACGGCCGCAUCGGCAAGGUGAUCAAGCCCAGACGGGAUGCGGUCGUGUCCAAGGCCACCGUCACCCGGGUGAACGGUGAGAGGAGUUAUACGUUCCCUGCGGACGUCAAGAAACAACAAGUCGCUUACGACAAAGGGCGACGCGCUGAAAAUGUGGGUACAGGAGACGAUACGGAAGACGAUUGUUACAUCGUGGAACCCGGACCAGAAAAAACAUCUGAAAUGAUCUACCAGGUCACCUCAUCUGUUCCCAUUAAAACUUGACCGGUUUGCACGUCGCACAUUGCUUAUGUUCAUUCCAAAGGAGUAAAAUGUUUCCUGACACCUGUACUUUUAAAAUACAUGUAUGAGUGUAUGCUUUUAGAUUUGAUAGAAUUUAAUAUGCAUUUGAAUCUGGCUGGAUCCUGUUUUUGUCAGGACAAAACAUCUGAAUUCUCAAGUUUACCAGUGAAUUUGAACAUUGGUGCUAAAUUACAAAGUCAACCAAUGUAGGUUAAAGAUGAAAAGUGUGGCAAAAACAAAGGCGCUGUAUUUUAGUUUUCUUGUCCUUUUUCUAAAUAUGGUUUAGCAUGAUCAGAAUGUGUUAGGCUUUGAGGAUUCACUUCUGUGACCAUUUUACUUUGACUCGUUUAAAGUGAACUUUAUGUAUUAAACUAUAUUUUCAAAUUCUCA